AAUAUCAGAAGCCCAAUAUGUAUUCGGCCCAAUUGAAUUAGGGUUUCAUGAGUGGCAGCAGACUAAAAACCUACUUCUCACACCAGAACCUCUCUCACUCUCGGUCUCUCUUGUCGGCAUAAGCAUCUCUCUCUAUCGUCUCCACUCUCCAUCGCCAAGUAGAGAAGAGGAUCCCUUGCUCUGACACUUGACAAAAAUGGCAACAGCAAGGACAGUGAAAGAUGUUUCGCCACAUGAGUUUGUCAAGGCCUACGCUGCCCAUCUGAAAAGAUCGGGCAAGGUGGAGCUCCCCGAGUACACCGACCUUGUAAAAACAGCCAAGUUCAAGGAGUUGGCUCCUUAUGACCCUGACUGGUACUACGUGAGAGCUGCCUCAGUAGCUCGGAAGAUAUAUCUUAGAGGGGGUCUUGGAGUUGGAGCUUUCCGCAGGAUCUACGGCGGUAGCAAGAGGAACGGUAGCCGUCCUCCUCACUUCUGCCGGAGCAGUGGUGCCAUUCUGCGCCACAUUCUACAUCAGCUCCAAAACAUGAACAUUGUUGAUGUUGACCCUAAGGGAGGAAGGAAGAUCACUUCCAAUGGUCGACGGGAUCUUGACCAGGUUGCUGGGAGGAUCGUGGUUGUAUCUCCAUGAACAUGAUUUUUCAAACCUUCGGAAUACUAGAAUUUUCUGAGUUUUCUUUAGCUUUAUUUUAGUUUUUGAGAGACAUUGUUUUGGAUAAUUUUGGUUCAAUUUUCCUGAAUAUUGUAUGAGAUGAAACAUGAGUUGCUAGUUGGUAUCUUUGUUUAUUUUUUUUGAGUAAUCUACAACACAAGUUAUUUCUCGAUU